GCAGAGGCGGACGGCUGGAGCUCCACCCCCGCAUCCUCCACCUUUCAUCAUGUAGGGAGCUACUUCUGCACCGGGCCACUUUUCAGCACUUUUCUUCUGCUGAUCCUUAUGGCUUUGCGGGCCAGGCGUGCUUUCGCAUUGGCGUCUUCCCCCCUCUUUGCCCGUGUCUCCCCAUCUUUCUUCUGCUGUGACACCACGGCGCCUGGGCACGGCUGGUCCGCAGCGGGAGCUCCGGGCUCCUCAGCGCAGCUCCCUGCAGCCCUGACGGCGGCGGCACCGGUGCGAAGACGCGGCCGUUCCGAACGGAGGUGUCUGCUGCUCCAAGCUGCCUGCUAACCAAGUGAUUCUACAUCCACCGGCUUCCCCUCUUGCUGUGGCUGCUAUUGGCUGCUCUCCCUCCCUCUCUUAACUGGACGGAGUUUCCAUAUUUUCCGAGGCACAGCAGAAGUCUGACCUGUGGACUCGGCCCUGGAUCUCUAGGUGGUGCAUUCUCUACUCCCUGAAUUAUUUUUUUUUAUAAGGAGACCUGUAGUGACUUUGGGUCAGAAUGGGUAACCCCACACAUGGGGGCCUGCUGGCCAUGCUGACGAUAAUGUUAGCCCUGUGGGAGGUGGGCUUCGCGGGCCUGAGUUCCAGCUCUGCAUCUGUAGCCCCCCCUGGGGACUUGGGCGCAUCAUGGCACAGGCAGAAGCGUAGCUGGGUGUGGAACCAGUUCUUCGUUCUGGAGGAGUACACCGGAGAGGAUCCUCUAUACGUCGGGAAGCUGCAUUCGGACGUAGACGACGGCGAAGGUAAUGUGAAGUACAUCCUGUCCGGUGAGGGCGCCGGCUCCAUCUUCACCAUCGACGAGAAUACGGGCGACAUCCACGCCACCAAGCGGCUCGACCGCGAGGAACAGGCCUACUACACCCUGCGGGCCCAGGCCGUGGACCGGGCCACCAACCGGCCCGUGGAGCCUGAGUCCGAAUUCAUCAUCAAGGUCCAGGACAUCAACGACAAUGAGCCCAAGUUCCUGGAUGGGCCCUACACCGCUGGCGUGCCCGAGAUGUCCCCCGUCGGAACCUCAGUGGUUCAGGUGGCAGCGACAGACGCCGAUGACCCCACGUAUGGAAACAGUGCCAGGGUGGUCUACAGCAUCCUGGAGGGGCAGCCCUAUUUCUCAGUGGAGCCAAAAACAGGCAUCGUCCGGACCGCCCUCCCCAGCAUGGACCGCGAGGCACGGGACCAGUACUUGCUGGUCAUCCAAGCGAAGGACAUGGUCGGCCAGAUGGGCGGGCUCUCGGGGACCACGACCGUCACCGUCACGCUCACCGACGUGAAUGACAACCCGCCACACUUCGCUCGCAAAUCCUAUCAGUUCACCGUGCCAGAGUCGUUGCCAGUUGCCUCUGUAGUGGCCAAGAUCAAAGCCACAGACCUUGAUAUCGGACCCAAUGCUGAAAUGGAGUACAGGGUCAUAGAUGGGGACGGAUUGGCUAUGUUCAGAGUCACACCGGACAAGGACACACAGGAGGGAGUCAUCGCGCUUCAGAGGCCACUGGACUUUGAGACAAAGAGCAGCUACACGCUCCGUGUGGAGGCCUUGAACCGGCACGUGGACACUCGCUUCCUCAGCAUGGGCUCCUUCAGCGACUCGGCCACCGUGCAUGUCAACGUGGAGGACGUCGACGAACCCCCCGUCUUCUCCAUGCCGCUCAGCACUAUGACUGUGUCCGAAGCCGCCAAGAUGGGCACUAUCGUUGGGACGGUCUCAGCCCAUGACCCGGAUUCAUCCAACAGUGCCAUCAGGUACUCCAUUGACCGCAACACUGACCUGGAGCGGUUCUUCAACAUCGAUGCCUUGACUGGGGUCAUCAGCACAGCCAAACUGCUGGACAGAGAGGUCAACGCCGUUCACAAUCUCACCAUCUUUGCCAUGGAGAGCCAUGAUCCCUCGCAAGUGGGAAAGGGGAUCGUCCUCAUUACCGUAAUGGACAUUAAUGACAAUGCUCCCGUCUUCGCCAUAGAGUACGAGACCUUCUUGUGUGAGACGGCCAGGCCUGGACAGGUCAUCCAGACCAUCAGCGCGAUGGACAGAGACGAGCCUCCAGGUGGCCAUCGCUUCUUCUUUACCCUCAGCCCUGAAGCAGCUAACAACCUCAACUUCACCCUCAGAGACAAUAAAGAUAACACAGCCUCGAUCCUGACGAAGCGCGGAAGCUUCCGGCGCCGAGAGCAGGCCGUCUACUGGCUACCGGUCCUGAUCGGUGACAGCGGCACCCCGUCGCUUAGCAGCACCAACACGCUGUCGAUCCGCGUGUGCGACUGCGAUCCCGACGGCAUCGCCCAGGCCUGUGGUGCCGAGGCCUACACUCUGCCUGCAGGACUCAGCACAGGCGCACUUGUCGCUAUAUUGGCCUGCGUCCUCACGCUGUUGGUGCUCGUUUUGCUCAUCGUGACAAUGCGGCGCAGGAGGAAGGAGCCACUCAUCCUGGACGAGGAGCGCGACGUGCGGGAGAACAUCGUCCGCUAUGAUGACGAAGGUGGCGGUGAGGAGGACACCGAGGCCUUUGACAUGGUAGCCCUGCGCAACCUGAACGCCGCCCGCGAGCAUGCCACUCGCCGGGACGUCACCCCCGACGCACCCAUCUUCUUCUCAUCCCGCCCGCCCCCUUAUAAAGCUGUACACGACAACGGAAUAUUCCGGGAGUUUAUAUGGGACCGGCUGAAGGAGGCCGACGUGGACCCUUCGGCGCCCCCUUAUGACUCCCUGCAGACGUACGCCUUCGAAGGAAGUGGCUCUGUGGCUGAGUCGCUCAGCUCGCUGGAGUCCCUGAGCUCAGACUCGGAGCAGAACUACGACUAUCUGAGCGACUGGGGUCCGCGCUUCAAGAAGCUGGCCGACAUGUAUGGGCACAGCGAGAUGGGCGACAGGUUCUUAUAGCCAAGAAAAAGUGCGUGGAAAAAGUGUGGACAAAAACACAUGGCUAAAUGACAUCGAGAACGAGGAAGAGGCAGUACUGGCGCACACAGGACUGAUAUGAAUUAGUGGGAAAAUACUUUGCUUUCAAAGGUUUUGUCUGUCGCAUUUCUGAAUAGGAUUAAAGUUUUGGAUUUUUGAUCACGGAGAGCUUAAGUACUGGCCGUGGAGGGGUGCGGCACUGGGGGAAGUGUCUCCUCGCUGCUGGGCCCCUGCCACAUCAGCCUGGCCCUCGGACGCUGAGCCCAGCACCUGUGCUGUCCUCAAUACUCGAUUGGAUCUCGAUCAGUAUCAGUGUCUGUUGUUUUUUUCUGGAUCUGUUCUGGAAUCCCGCACGGCAUGGAUUGUAAGCUAUGGGGUGACAGACCGUUAUGACAGAGGCAGGCCUGUUGGGGGGGCGUUUGGUGGACUUUGAGGAAUCUUCAGACGGUCCUAAGCUGCGAGACGGCGAACCGUGUAGAAACGGCGCAUUUUGUGAGCUUCUUCUGCCAUCUCUGCUGCUGGAGAUCGCCUGACGCCAUGUGAGAUGUGUAUCUUGAUGAACGCUGAGACGAUGCCCCCCCCGAGCAGCGCUGGCAGUUUGCAGUAAGGGGGCCGCCCUUUUUUUUUUUUUAAUCGAAGCCUUUAUCCCUCUCAUCCUCUAAUUCAUUAUAAGAGAGUUACUCAGAGCAGGCAGCAGAUAAUCAUGGAAAGUCAGGAGCAAACAGCCGUGCACCUUAGUGAUCAUGGAUCGAAUUGAAGGAUGUGGAUUUCUGCCCUGUGAACCUAUUUGCCCAGCACUAUUGAUGAAUCUCUGUGUACAGAUCUCACAGGAGGGGGAAAAACUUCAACCACACUGGAUAAUAAAGUCCAUUGUUUCUGGAAAAAAAGCAGAAAAGGUUUUGUUGAAGAAAAUGUUAUUUUUUAGGGGAAAAAAAACACGUGGAAUUCCUAACUCCAUUUGUAUACACACAUGGUAUAUAUACACACAUGGUAUAUAUACACACACGGUAUAUAUACACACACGGUAUAUAUACAAACAUGGUAUAUAUACACACACGGUAUAUAUGGACACAGUUUGCAGCACACACAGAUAUGCAGAAUCUGCUUUUUUCUGUACUGGAUUGUUAGUAGUUUGCACAUUUCCCUGCCAAUACAUCUCCAAGUAAGUGGGGGGGUCCACUGUCUGUUACUGUCCAUGUCUCACAUCAGAAUGAGGGUCUGACAUGUCACUGUCUGCAGACCUAUCUCCCCCCCCCCCCCCCCACCAUCGGUCUAAAUAGCCAUAGCGAAUCACUCAGCAUUUUUUAUAGAAGGAUGAGACCCUUGUCUUAUUUCAUCCUCUUCUUCUUUUCUCUCUCUCUCUCUCUCUCUCUCGCUCUGACACACUCACACCAUCCAAGAGGCUUCCUCUAUGAAUAUUAAUUUAGAGAAGCAAACACCAUAUGCUCAUUUCAAUGUAAAUUUACAUUCUGCAUUGUAAAAUAUGACUAUGGAACGAGGUCCGCUUUCAUUUUAUACUUUCAUUUGACGUUAUGAAUAACAUAAAGAAACACAGUGCUGAUGUCAGGCCUGCUUUUUUGAAUACCUUCAGUGCGACUGGUGUGCGAUAUUCACUGCAGGGGGCGUAGGGGCGGCCUCUCGAGAAGCUCUCCGUCGUCUCCUGGUAGGGGGGAUUUUUCUUGCCGCCGUCUGUGUAGGGCCGGAAAUAAUGACAGCCUGGUCCACCACGGCCUAACCCUUCUGGUCAUGACUGAAGUCCACUGUCACAUAUGGUCUGUGACUGUAUGGAGACCAUUGCAGUGUCGUCACGGUUACGUAACUGCACCGGGCAUUAGCUCCCCUGUUACAUAUCUGUAUAUACUGGAUCUCUCAGCACCCUCAGUUUUCUGCUGCCGCGUGAAUCGAGACGUGUCAAAAUAUUUUGCCAAAUGCAGCCUUUGUUUCCGCCUCAGAGGCGUAAAUGUCACCCCAUUAGCGGCCUGCUAUCUUAAUUACCUCGAAUAAUCGUUUCAUACGCCGGCUGCAAUGAGCGGACGACUGAGAAUGAUGAAGGCUGGCAGAGAGUGACUACCGUCAUAAGACACGCCUAAUUAUUUGUUAACUGGUUAGCCGAACGAAAUCUAAAAGGGAAAACCGCAAGUCUCAUUCACCUUGGCACUGAGUCCAAAUGAAGAGCGUUAUAAUUUAACUGGAAUUGGCCUGGUUGAGCUGACACGCCCCUGGUGAGAGAACGUGUCUCGCCCGGGGAAAAUCCCACCGGAACAGGACACAGGGGGCACUGUCAUCUUCAGCAAACAAUCAUUAUUUUCAAUUAGCAGAAAAUAAUAAACUGAGAAUUUGCUGAUUCUGUGCUUUAAUUGCAAAGGUAAGAUUUUGGAGCCUCAGAGUGCCGCAUGGGGGGGGGGGGGGGGCGUCUGCUCCAGUCAAAUGGAGGAUCGCUGCGGACUGACCAAGCUGCUUAUCAGCACAGUGGCGAGAAACAUUUAAUUCCAUCGACCCGUAAACCCAGUUCCUGCCAAGGGCGUACCUAGAAAUUUUUGGCUGCCUGACAAAAUGUCAACUUGGGUCCCUCCAUCGUGUAUAAUUUUACGCAUCCAAGGUCCCCUGUCAAAUGUUGGGGCCCCUGAAUCUAGCCGGGUGCUCCACUGGUAACCCUGCUUCCUGUUCUCUGAGAGAAACAUGGAUGGUAAAUAACAUGGAUGUUCAGUGUGGUGUGGUAAGAUCCAUGGGAUCGGGAUGGAUGCAGCCUAGUUAGCCUGGGAAGGGAAGUAGCAUCCUGGGAAAAGGAUUAGCAUAACUGGGAGUCUCGCACACUCGCUAUGUGGUUUCAGACGGUGUUGGUGACGGUCUGUCAGCAUCCUGAGGUUUUGCUGGAGUCCACAGCCUUUUGCAAUCCCCCGUGACACAUCAGGACAAAUUAUACCAAGCAAAUUUGACAGCAAGAUGCAUAAACAGGUCAAUCCUCACGAGGUAAAUGCUUUAUGCAGCUCCGCUCGGCUUGUGGGACCAGACUCACAGACUCACUUUCUCUCUGGUGUCGUUGUAGCAUGUUUGCCAUGGUCAUUCCCGUAAAGUCACCCCGCAGGACAACACGUUCCUCUUUCCGGAAGGCGUUCCAUAAACAGCCGCUUUACGCUCCAGUGAGAUAGUUCCCAAAUUCAAGUGACCUUCCAAGUUCAGAGUUAAAUACCUGGAUACACACCAACUCUACAUAGUCUGGUCGACAAUCACACUUUUCUUUCACAGCUUUUCUCUGUUCCUUUGUACAUAAAAAUGUUCUCUCUUGCUUUUGUACUGGAAAAUUUCAGAACUGAUCUUAACUUUGAGUCGUGUAUAAUUUUCA